AGGCAAUUGAUAUUGAAAACAAAGUGCUGUAAGCUCCAGACGGCUGCGGGGCCGUACCAAUUCUUAGAAGGCAUUUUUCAUGGAAUGAUGGGUCACUAUAAUAUGUAUGGGGAUGGAUGGCUGCACCGCGAUAUCAGCGAUGGUAACGUUCUAUUGUUACCAGAGCCCGAAAUACGAAAGCCUCUGACACGGUUCGAAUGCACCAAGAACUUGACAAAAUGUGUGGGCGUGAUCUCUGACGGCGACCAGGCAAUCAGAUGGCGAGAGCUAGAUCGCAAGCUUGAGAAACGUCGUUCGGGAACACUCCCUUUCAUUUCUAUGCGCUUGCUGAACGCGUGGAAUAAAAAUCAACCCGUGCUUCAUACAUUUGCGGAUGACUUGGAAUCUUUCUUCUGGGUCAUAUUAUGCGUGUUGUUGAACAUUGGCCACGAACGUAAAA